AUGUCGACAACAUCCGCGUACAAGCUUGAUAACUUCGAGUCUUUCUACAACAUCAUCGACAAUGAGCUCGUACCGACAGCCAAAACCCGUAGGGCAGUCGAUCCCAGCAACGAGGAGCUUCUCGCUGAAGUUCCUGUCUCGACGCAGCAAGAUGUAGACCGCGCCGUCGCCGCAGCUCAAGCAGCGUUCCCUUCAUGGCGUGAUCUCUCACAAGAUGAACGAGCCGUUUACUUGACUACGUUUGUCGAUGCGAUCGAUGCUCAUCAGCAAGAGUUCGCCCAAUUACUCGGAAAGGAGGCAGGCAAGCCGCCACAAGGUGUCGGUAUAGAAUUAUAUCUGCUUAGCCACCAGAUUCAUGAGACGCUUAAGUUUAGAUUGACUGAGGAGCAAAUUGAAGAUACGGAUGAGCGACGGAUCGUACAGCGCUACAUUCCAAUCGGAGUAGGAGUCGGCAUUGUCCCUUGGAACUUCCCCAUGCUGCUUGGAAUUAUCAAGCUCGUUUCCGCGCUUCUCACUGGGAAUACUUUUAUCUGGAAGCCAUCGCCAUACAGUCCUUAUACCGCCUUAAAACUAGGAGAACUUGGAGCGAAGAUCUUCCCCAAGGGAGUGUUCAAUGUUCUCAGCGGCGACGAAGACCUCGGUCCUCUCCUGACCGCCCACCCAGGGGUAGCGAAGAUCAGCUUCACAGGAUCGGUGGCGACUGGAAAGAAGGUUAUGCAAGCUUGCGCCAGUACUUUGAAGCGCGUGACUCUGGAACUUGGUGGCAAUGAUGCAGCUAUUGUUAUGCCCGACGCUGAUCUGGCAAUGACCGUUCCCAAAGUAGCGACCAUGGCCUACUUUCACUCCGGUCAGGUUUGUUUCUGUAUCAAACGUGUCUAUGUGCACGAAGCCAUAUACGACGCCUUUAUAGCAGCUAUCGUCGAAUUUGUUAAAAGUCUCAAGAGCGGUGGUCCGUCCGAUGCUGAAGCGGUACUCGGGCCGAUUCAGAAUAGCAUGCAAUAUGCGAAGCUGCUGGAGCUAUAUAGCCAGGUUUCAAAGCAGGAUUUGAAAGUGGCAUACGGGGGUGAAGCCGCAAGCUCUCAAUCGGGUUCCGGGUUUUACCUACCUCCCACCGUAAUCGACAACCCGCCAGAGGACUCCAAACUUGUGGUUGAAGAGCAGUUUGGACCCAUUGUACCGAUUCUCAAGUGGUCUGACGAGGAAGACGUGAUACGUCGUGCCAAUGCUUCUUCCAUGGGACUAGGUGGCUCCGUCUGGAGUAAGGAUAUCGUUGCUGCUGAGCGUCUCACAAGGCGGUUGGAAGCUGGUACUGUCUGGGUCAACGCACAUUUUGAAGUCGGUCCACAGGCUGCGUUUGGUGGCCACAAAAACAGUGGGAUUGGUGUCGAGUCGGGACUGGAUGGGCUCAAAGGUUGGUGUAACGCUCAGGUCGUCUGGAUCAAAAAGUAA